AUGUCUCUUAAUCCUGGCAAGACAAAAAUAAUGAAAAUAUAUUCCCAAUCCAAAUUCCCUGAUCUUAGUCCAAUAACCAUUGAAGUCAAUAACAAUAAUGUUAAGGAGAUUACAUCCGCCAUUUUACUUGGAGUUACAUUAGACCAACAUCUGAAAUGGGAUAGGCAAAUUAAUACCAUCUACAAAAUAAUCAAUUCUAGACUUUACCUGCUCAAACGUAUACGUAGCUAUCUCACUUUUCAAUCCCGUGUUCAAUUAUAUUACGCACUAAUCUACCCACACUUGCUAUAUUGUAGCACAGUCUGGGGCAAUGCUAAUAACGAUCGAAUUACUUGCCUACUAAAACUACAGAAACGUGCAGCGAGACUAAUUCUUGAGCAGUCUACUGAAGUGCCUUCAAUUGUGCUUUUCCGUAAACUCAACUGGAUACCUAUUUUUAAUUUGAUCAAAAUGAGAAAAAUAUUAUUGGUAUUCAAUACUUUAAAAACAUCUUGGCCGCCGGAUCUUCGUAAAUUGUUUGUCUUUGUUCGCGACUCUCAUCCAAUUCCAGCUAGAUCGUCUAUUACAGACUUAAAAGUUCCAUCAGUCAAGACUACGCAAGCAAAAUCCAAAAUUUCCAUCAGUGGUGCAAGUUUAUUUAAUUCUUUACCUUCCGAAUUAAAAGAUAUUGAAAAUCACUCAAUUUAUUCCUAUAAAAAGAAGCUCAAAACCUACUUUUUUCAAUUGAAUUAUGAAGUAGAUCACGUUAAUAAAUUCCGCUGCAUCGAUUGUAAGCAUAUUACUCGUUGUCAAUGUUACUCUCAAUAG